AUCAUUCCUUGAGAAAGCAAAAAAAAAAGAAGAGGAAAUAAUUAAAGAAUGAGACCACCCACACAAGCCCUAUCUUUUUUCAUAUUCUGUAUAAUCUUUACAUAUAUUUGCAAGAAGAGUAUUAAAAUGCUCCCAAGUUCAUCUUUCAUCAACUAUGUCAUCUUCAUAGCUACACAGCUCAAAUGGGCUUGGGAUUACCUCCUUCUCCAGUCCUUCUGCCAAGCGGGACGACAACCGUCGUGUGUCUUCGAAUUGUCGGCCCCGGGCCCCGGCGUGAGGCGGUUCGAGGGAGGGCCCGGGGUCGAAUGCGCGGUGUGCCUGUGCCCGGUGGAGCGCGGGGAGGAGGUUAGGGAGUUGAGGUGCGAGCAUGUGUUCCACAGGGCCUGUUUGGACCGGUGGCUGGGCACGGGGCGCAUGACGUGCCCGUUGUGCCGCAACCACGUGAAGCCGCCGCAUGCGGCGGCUUUGUCUGGGCUCCACCACGAAGUCAUCGUGCUCGACGUCUUCGGUGGUCGCAGAAGCCACCGAGACCGGAGCACGUGGUGGCUCCGGUAGCGGUUGACCGCAAGAUAUAUAGUGACUUCAUGGUGGUGUCAAAAGUAGAACUUUAAUUUUCAAAGAAUAAGUCACUCCUUGAAGG